AUGUCGGACAUCCUCACCCAGCUGCAGGAGUCCAUGGACUUGCUCUGCACCAUGUUCAUCGCAGGUCUCUACUACGUCGAACGACAUCACGACCUCAAGCAAUUCACACCCGCAGACAAGAUUCCCGAUCUCAAAGCCGAUCAGCCCAAAGAAGUCGACACCCUCGACCCGCAAACGUUCAAAGACGGCCAAGUCGAAAUCUCCCGCGACCUGAUUUACCAGGCCCAGCGCAUCGAAUACCUCGUGUCAGAGCUGCCCGGGCUGCAAAACAGCGAGCGCGACCAGCUGCGGAUUAUCCAGGGGCUGGAGGAGGAGAUUGCGGGACUGGAGGCACAAAGACAAGAGGCAGUGCGGGAGAGGGACGAGGUGUUCGCGCAGUUGGACGCGCUGGUGAGGAGCUUGCAGCGGCCUUAG